AUGUUCUGCCCUGUCUUGCGGUAUGCGAUUUUGACUGCCUCUGCCGGUCAUCUAAUACGCAUGGCGUCUUGCCAGGGAGACUCAAACGGCGUGACGAUUAAUGGAAUCAAACUUCCCCGAAUUAAUGUGGAUGCAGUUGUUCACUAUCAUGAUACCUGUAUCUCAUACUUAUUGGAUCUGUCGAAGGAUCCAAAUGAGCAGUACAAUGAGGAUGUUCUCACCGCCGCCACAAUACUGCGGUUUUAUGAGCAGAUAGACGGCAAGUAUCCGACUCUCUCCCCAUCGAUUGGAAUGGACUCGGAGGCAUAUCUAAGUACCGUUCAAUUUAUCGUGAGCUCCCAGCAAAACGAAUCAUUCUACGCAUAUGAUACCAUUCAUGGUCCACGGAGAAACCGAGACAUCCACGCCAUUCCAUCAACAUCACUCCGUCAUUCUGCCUGCUUGAUCGCCCUCCGUCAGGAAAUCUGGAGUGGCUUCCUCAACCAACGAACCUUCCGUUUGCCAGUGUGCCCGACAAACGACUAUACUCAAUUUGACCAUGUCAAUGACUUCACUUGGACAAAUCGGAUUCUCGUAUGGUGUGCAGAUAUUCUGAAGUUCUGUUUCGGCGAGGGCAAGUCUUUACCCUUUGCUGAAAAGAUGAAACGGUGGUCAGCCUUGAAGGCAUUUGAUUUGAAGUGGGAAUCCAACAAGCCACUCGAAUUCAAGCCAUUAUAUUUCGAAGAAGCGGAUCCUUCGUCUGGGAAGUUCUUUCCAGUCAUCUGGCACCAAAAUGCCUGCCAAGCCGUUGGAUCACAGCACAUCGAAUUAUCUCGUAUCCUACUCGCAGUUUCUGACCCGAAGCUCUCCCGUCUUGGCUUGGCCGCCCGUCAAGCAAAUCUUGCGCUAGAAGAGGAAUUGAGGUGCAUCAUUCGCCGCCUCGUUGGGUUGGCACUAUCGAAUUCGAAAUGCCCGUCGCUUUUUGUCGAUGCUGCGGUUGGUAUAUCUGUUUGUGGAGAGUACCUUACGGACCCUGCAGAGCAGAAUGCGAUUCUCGAAUUUUUGGCCAACCUAGAGUUUCAACAUGGGUGGCCAACGGCUGCUACAGCAACUGCGCUCAACGAAGCUUGGCAAACAAGGGCUCUGUCGUGA